UCCUGAAAGUUAAAAUAAUCUAUAGUCAACUGCAAAAAGAAUUUCGUUCCAUGGAAGCAGAACUUUUGUCUGGAUCUAAAGAAGGCAAAGCGGAACGGUCAGAGGAUCGGUCGAAGGAGGAUGUCGAGAUGCAAGCGGAAAAACGGGUGCUGCAGCCUGAUGAAGACCAAGACGAAUCCAAUAGAAUAAAACGCUCCAAAUUAGCCGUGGCUAAAACCGAGGCUGGUCCGGAGUCCGCCAGCUUGUUAGAAAAGGAUUAUCCUCAGGAUUUGGGCCUCGAAGGUAGUGGCGAGCACGUUCAUCCCAUGGCGUUCCCCUCGACGAACGUCGAAACUGUCACCGGUCAACCAUCGGAAAGCGAAAAGACCGAGCCGGGAUUGACUGCUCUCUAUCAGGAUUUCGACGAAGAUUAUAACGAAGAAUCCGAUGGGGACUGGAACGAGGGAGAUUCAGAUAACGGUGAUGAUAUUAGUGACGACGACGAGAGCCAUGAUGGCUUCUUCCUUGGGGUUAAUGACAAAUAUAAUGAACUUCACGGUAACAGUGACGAAGAAGGAGAAGAUGACCAAGCAACAUGGCCACGGUAUUCGGAAGAGGAGGCUGAAAGCAUACAGAAUCAGGCUAGGCAAUUAGGAAUGAUCAAAUUCAUUGAGAAAUAUGUUAUUGAGGAGCGGAUACCUUUACCGCAACUACUCGAUGUUUUCGGUUGUCAAUUGCCAUCCAAAAUCUCCCUUUUGGCAGACGACAUGCAAUUGUUAAACUUACUCAGAGUGGUCAUGACGCGUUUCCUACGAAAGCGAAGAAGACUGGAAAAUGUAAAUACCAUCGAUGAUGUUGUAGACAUCAUGAAAAACGCAAAAAACAUCAUGGUCCUGACGGGUGCUGGUGUAUCUGUAUCUUGCGGCAUUCCCGACUUUCGAUCAGAGACAGGCAUUUACGCUCGACUGGACGAAUUUGAUUUGGAUGAUCCACAACAAAUGUUCGACAUUCAUUACUUUCGCGAAAACCCUCAAAUCUUCUAUUCAUUUGCCCGAGAGAUAUAUCCCAGCAACUUUGAACCUAGUCCAAGUCAUCAAUUUGUCAAGCUGUUAGAGGAAAAGGAUGUUCUGCUUCGAAAUUACACGCAAAACAUCGACACAUUGGAACAUAAGGCAAAGAUAACACGAGUCAUCAAUUGCCAUGGAUCCUUUGCGACGGCGACAUGUGUUACGUGUGGAUACAAGUGCGCUGGUUCUGAUAUAGAGGCAGAUAUUUAUGCUCAGCGUGUACCUGAAUGCCCUCAAUGCUCCGCACUGACUAAGGCUCAACAAAAUAAGGCAAACGAUGACUCAGAUGAUGAAACAGGACUGCCGAGUUUAAGAGAGUCCAUCAUUAAACCCGACAUCACAUUCUUUGGCGAGAAAUUACCCGAUGACUUUGAAAAAGGCUUGACAGUGGAUAGUGAAAAGGUCGACUUGCUGAUCGUGAUGGGCUCUUCCCUUAAAGUGUCUCCGGUGUCAGAAAUUAUGACCCAGAUUCCACACAGUGUUCCUCAAAUCUUGAUCAACCGAACCCCCAUCACACAUCUAACAUUCGACGUUCAAUUGCUUGGAAAAUCUGACGUUAUAGUACCUGAGCUUUGCCGAAGGCUAGGAUGGGACCUUCGACAUGAGAAGUUGCCAGGAGGAAGCUCGCUAAGUAAGGAAAGUAUUGAGCUUGCUAAGGACGACUCAGGGUCUUCGAAGCUUUGCAAUUAUCUUGGCGACGGGUACUACACGUUUGAAGGUGCGGUACUUGGCCAAAAACUCGCAGAAAGCACUCGCUGCGAUCAACGUGGAAGCCGUGAUGAUGGUGACCCUCGAGACACUCAAUUGGAAGGUGUUAACACAGCGCUGGAAGCUGCCACUGCCGCCAUUGUCGAAACAAAUGCUGAUGCAGCUUCAACAUCAUUGUAGCGCCCGUCUUUUUACUUUAUAGAAUUUCAUCCCACUGUAGCUCGCUAUGUUGUUUGUUCCUGUCGCUUAUCUGUUUGUUGACAAGUCACAGCAAGAGUCAUAAUAACAAUAAACACCAGUAUUUCAAUUUUCUUUUUUACUCAGAGUCUAAUUGGGAGCACCUUUCGAUUCUAAAAAUAUACCUCUGCUUCAUCAAUACAUACUGCGCAAUAGAAGGUGUUUUACGAAAGACGUGCGUACUAUUUUAAUCCUUCAUGAUGUUCUUACGGAUGAAGUUGGAGACAGUUUCGAAGACGACAAGUAGAAUACCACCG